CAGUUGCAGGCGAGCCCUUUGGAGAGGGAGGGAGAGAGGGAGAGUUGGGCUCCUGGCGCUGUUGGGGAUGGGCUGGGUGGCGCCCCCCUCGGAGCAGUGCAACCCCCCUCCUCCCUCCUGCCUGCAGCUCCCUCCCCCUCGCACCUGACGUCAGUUUCUGGGCUUCUCUUCCAAACCUCUCCGGUGCAUUUGGACUCUGGCACGGGGAACAAUGAGUCGCAGCCGGCUUGGAAGCGUCGCCCUGGGCUGGCUCCUGGUCCUGGCCAGCGACUGCAGCAGAGGAGGAGCAGAUAGCAAUGUGGAAGUCUCUAUGCCAGAUGUGGUGGAGGCAGAAAUUGGGGAGACGGCCAUUAUCAACUGCCAGCCCUCCCUACCUGACAAUGGCAGCUACGCUUACAUCAGCUGGUUCUCGAUGAACGGCAGACAGGAGAGGAAGAGGGUCAUGUACAUGAUCAAGGGCAAGGAGUACCAUGACAGCCCUGUCAAUAGCCGGCUGAGCAUCGCAGCCAAUUUCUCCCUCAUCAUCAGCAAGGUGAGCCUGCAGGAUGCCAAGACGUACGGGUGCCAGGCGAGUUUCGGCGUCACCGGCUUCGGCGAGAAUCGGAGUGAACUGCGCGUCUCUAAAGCUCCAGAGAAACCGGAGAUUCGGAAGAUUAGUAGUUUCAUCACGGCGUCAGACCCUGAGAUGAGCGAGGUUGCAGAAUGUAUCAGCCACAAUGGCUACCCGACCCCAACCCUCACAUGGUACAAGGAUGACGUCCACCUGAAGCCUGAUAGGAAACAAAUUGAGAUCCACCCUGUGGUCACCAAGGAGUCGAGCGGGCUGAGCACGGUCCGCAGCACCCUUUUGGCACAAAUCACCAAAGAAGACCGUAAAGCCAUCUUCCACUGCCAAGUUAAUUACAACCUGAUGGGGAUGAACAAGACAUCCAAGUCGGAGAGCAUCACAGUCGAUGUUCACUACCCCUCUGAGAGUAUCAGCUUUGUGAUUGAUUCGCCAAGCCCGGAAGUGAAGGAGGGGGACAACGUGACGCUGCGCUGCGAAGCGGAUGGGAACCCUCCGCCCCUGUACACCUUGUCCAGAGCGGAGGAGGAGAACUUGCUGGAGCCUGAAACUGGGGUGCUCCCCAUUUACAACAUCCAGAAGGAGGACAGUGGUAUCUACCGGUGCAAAAUGCUAGACUUACAGGCCAUCACCGACGUAGAGCUGAUAGCCAACGUGACUCUGUUUGUGAACUAUCUUGAUGUUCCUACACUCACCUCUGUGCCUCCGAUGCCUUCAUCAAGACUCCUGAAAGAAGGGGAGAACUUGUUCCUUACCUGUAAUACAACAGGCUCCAAGCCCUUGGAAUUCCAAUGGGAAAAGGAAGGGGAGCGGUUUCCAAAAGGAAAUCUACUGAACCUGACCAACAUCAGCUACAAGACUUCGGGCAACUACACCUGUGUUGUAACGAUGCCGGACAUCCCUGACUUCUCCCGCUCCAAUCGAGUUGAAGUUGUAGUCCAUGCAAAACCGGUGCUGGUUGCGCCGAAAGGCGUGGUGCACGUGCAAGAAGGCGAGAUGGUGAACUUGACAUGCAACAUAACAUCAUUUAUCCCAGUCACCAACUCAUGGAGCGUAAAUGGAACGAUCUAUUCCUACAAGCAGAAAAAUCAGCGCACCAGCACAAUCCAGAUCCAGGUCACCAAAGCACUUCUGAAAUCAGGAGUCAAUUGCAGUGCCAAAAACCGAAUGGGCACCUCUGAGCACCACUUCAAGCUGGUGCCGAGGCAAGGAACAGACACUCCACACAACAAGUCUGAGAAGACAACCCAAGAGAGCAAAGGUGUGAUAAUUGUGGCCGUUGUGAUCUGCAUCCUGGUGAUUGCUAUCCUGGGUGCUGUCCUUUACUUCCUGCACAAGAAGGGGAAGCUCACCUGCGGCCGCUCCGGCAAGCAAGAGAUCACAAAGCCCGAAGCACAUAAAGACGAGAUUGUAGUUGAAGUUAAGUCAGAUAAACUUCCUGAAGAGGCGGGGCUUCUGCAGGGCGCCAACGGUGAGAAGAGAUCAGCAGGUGACCAGGGAGAGAAAUACAUCGAUCUGAGGAACUGAGAGACGACUGUGCCCCUUCUGAGAUUUCUCCUGUUCCUGCUAAAGAGCUCCCCCUCCCCUUGCUUCCACAGUCAGAGUCUUUCAAAUGCACAGCAGCAGCAAGCAAAGGUGCAAGAUGGCUCCACGGCAAAGAAUACUUUGCAACCCACCUGAAGGGCUUUGAAGGGCAAGAGGAGUAGCUAAAGCAGAUGGGCAUACUUUUCCUCUAACAGACCAAAAAAAGGAGUCUGGUUUGGAAAAUUACUACUUUAGAAUAUCCAUGUUAGAGUUUUGCAGGGGGAGGGGAACCCUGAGCUCUACCAUAAUUCCAUUAUUUAAGUUCAGUCCGUUUCAUAAAAGAAAAAAUCGUAACAGCCAAGUGCUUGCCACAGUGGCCUUAGUUUGAAGACUUGAUGUCUAACUGGAAGGGAAUCCUGAUUUGCAGGCAAGAGAGAGGGGGCUAGUUUUCAUUGAGAUGGGCUCUUGAAAGCCAGAUCUCUCUCAGCUCUUGGAACUGUUGCUGUCCUUUACAGCGAAGUACUGAAGACAUCAGUCUAGCUUCAAAGGGGGUGGGUGGGAGGCUACAAGUCUAUGGACACUUGGGACUAGCUUUCAUUGAAGUCAGUGCUGCUUGCUUCCAAGUAAACAUAUAGGAUAAUGCUGUAGAGAGGAGGUUCUGCACUCCAGAUGUUACGAUAGGAAUAAGAUUGCCGCCCUGGUCUCCUUUGGGAGGAAGGGUGGGAUAUAAACCAGGUAAGAUCUUUUUGUACAAAAAUCCCAUCCUCACAUGAUUUGUUUUUUUCCUGAGACCUUAAUAAUUCUCCCUUCUCCACAGCUUCUAUGUUACCUUACUUGAGAUGGUGUGUUUGCAAGUCUUUGAAAGACUCGCCUUUUAAUUAGGCAGCAGUAGGAGAAAAUGGGGCACUGAAGUAGGAUGUUAAGCACAUGGGGGUAAUUUUCUACAGUUUUGUCUUGAAUUGCUUUGCUCAGGUAGUAGCAGCAGCAGCUGUCACAGGGAAAAUGUGAAGGAAGCUGGUGCCCAUUCCAAAAUGAUAUGGUCACACAGCCUUCAGAUGGUGGGUGCUCAUGAGAACUUCGUUAUCUUUAACCAUGAGAGGAAAUGUGUUGAUAUGCUUUCUUCCACCAUCCCCGUCCAAUGCUUAAGACCAGCUUUCUGCUCCUUCCCACUCCCCAAAAUUCUAAAUGGACAUUAUUAUUCAGACAUCAGCUGCUUCUAUACAGAAUUACUGCCUGGGAGGUUUGGUUUCCCAUUCCCCUCAAAACCUCAGCAGUGAACAGCUUUCAACACAAACUGGGUAAAAACAGUUAAGAUUUUGCUCUAGACACUCUUUGUUUUCUGAGUGAUUAAAAGUUCAAACUCAUUAACCAAAAAGGGGAGAUAAGGGGUGUUACGCUUUAUGUGUAAGCUAUAAAAUUUGCAAACAAAAAAGCUUUUGUUAUAUAUUUUUGUUGAUGUGUGUGUAAAUUUAAGAGAGUCUGAGUUGCAGGGUUUUUAUAUAUAUAUAUGAAAAAUAAAAAACUAAAGUCUUCAAGAAUUGGCUCUUUGCUAAUAGUACACAUGGCGAGGAAAAAUAUUAACCACUACAAAGCACAGUUGAAGAGUUUUUUUAAAAAAAAUCUCUGCUUUACACUUGAUACAUUACAUUACCUGCUCAUCCAUGUUGUGUCCAAAAUCCUUCCUGCAUUUUAAUGCAUGCUAUCUUCCCUUCUCCACUCUUCUCAACAUAAGGAACAUUCUCCUAGACUUUCUGUCUAGGUGGAUGGGAGUUCUCUCACAAUCCUAAAUGAAGCCAGGUUUUAUAGGCAAGGGAGGGGUUGCAAUGUUCCUCUGUGAGAAAAAAAUCAACUAGGAAACUAGCACAAUAAGAUGAGGGAAGUCAAGAGUUACAGAAGGCAUUAGAGCCCUGCCCUCAAACACUGGCAAUCUUUGCUUAAAGCCCUGUAAGCAUUACCUACAGAUUUUUUAAAAGCCUCAUCUUUAAUGGACGCAAGGGUAGCAGCUUAAAGAAAAUGCUAAGAGUACCAGAAUGCUGAAGUUUAGUCCAGUGGCGUCACAAGGGUUGGUGUCACCUGGUGCGGUAACUCAUGGUGUCGCCCCCAUGGACCUCCUCCCGUAUCAGACCAUACAGAAUCCUUAGUAAUGUUUUUUGUACUAAUGUUACUUGUAAAUCGUAGUUCCCAUAUAUCACUGAAUGUAAUGGCAAUAGUAGUGACAUAAACAACUAGCAAAAUUAAAAUUACACCUUUGAAUUACAAUAUCAUAUGCACAGCUCAAAUUCUUGCUCUUAUUACUAAUGGGAGUUAAUUAUCUUGCAUAUGCCCAUAGUAAAUUUUCAGAUACUUUCAGACCCUCAGCAAUUUUCAAGUGGUCUACGUAGAAGAAAGGUUUGGGAACCCCUGGAAUAAGACACCUGCUUAUGUUCCUAUGCUGCUCUCUCCCCUCAUUUAGGGGCCUGGGAUGCUUGUGUGUGGACACACCUCACAAUUAUGGAAAGUGAUUCUUAAUAAUAAGUCUCCAGACACAAAGUUACAUAGGUAUUUAUCAGUUGUUUAGCAGAACAUUCAGAAGUGCAGAGUCCCUUCAUGAUAGUUACAGCCACAUACACCCUUUUUUGCUCCUGGAUUAAGAAUGAGAUCUUUGUUAAUGCAUUCUCUCACAACAACAAACAUCUCUAGGAGCCAAUCAGCAUGAAAGUGGAGAGCGUUAGCAACUGAGAAGAGUCUUCUCAGUGGAUGACUCACCUUCUUUCACUCUGAUUGGCUCCAAUCUGCAGAAAAGGCAAGGAAGCAUAUUAGAAGACUCUUCUCAGUGACUAACGCACUCCCUUUUCAUGCUGACUGUAGGAUGCUUGGAGACAUAGGGACCCUGCUCCCAAAAAACCGGAGGGACUAAGAUCCCCUGGGCGACUACCCUCCUGAUGUUUAUGGACAUGACCGUAAUAUAUUUUGUAAAGUGCAAGUUCGAUAUUAUUUAUUAAGUGUGUUUAGGAUUACACUGAUGGCAUUCCCAAAUAUGUACUUUCACACAGACUUUGGUUUUCCAUAACACAAUGUUUGUCCAAGCCUCCACACUUGGGGGGGGGGGGGCACUACUUGCACAUCAAAGUUGGAUACACACCUGAACCAAGACCCAGACAAAAGGGCACUCAAAACAAAAAGGUAAUUACAGUGGCUGAGUAGAUCUUGUACAGUGGUUAUACUGACUGGGCAGCCACUGUCCUUCACAUUUUACAAAAUACUUCUUCCUAUACAAAGAUUAAAUUUCUGUGUAUGAAAAGGUAAUCUAUGAAGUGGUCUCAAUAGUGAGAAAAGUAAACAAGUGAAUGGUGAUCCAAAUGUUUUUCAUUCUCCCGUUAUGAAGCUAGCUGCCAGAUGAUGUAUCAUCAUCCCUACGCAUGCAGCGUAGACUGAAAAAACAGCACCCAAGCCACCAUUCAAUACGUGCACGUGUUCUUUCCAACAUGAAUCUACAGGUCUCAAAAAGUAAUGUGUGACAAAGUCCUCAAACACCGUAUAACAUGCCUCAAACAUGGUCUCUUGUUCUACCAGCAUGCCUUCACACCAUCACUUUGCCAAAACAUAAGGAUAGGUAAAUUGCUUUUAGGGAGCUUCACAAUUAUGAUUUCCUAUUUAUUUAAUCUAAAAAUAUUUAAAAUACAUAAAAACAGCCAGGGGAAGAUAUUGGAGAAAUAUAAAAGAAAUACAAAUAAAAAAGGGGGGGAGGUGAAGAGACCUUAAAUGUGCUACUCACCAUCUCUCAGCCUAUGCUUCCCUCAGGAUGAAAACAAUGGAGAACCAUGACCACCCCCAGGAAGAAGGGCACACUUAAAAUGUAGAGGAAAAAAGCAUCUACAACCAUAGUGUGAAAUCAAAUACUUAUUGGGACACAGUAUGAAGAAAUAUUUAUAUAAACAUGACUCUCAAAUAUGUUUAUGAAUUACACAAUCUGUAAAUAUAUUUAUAGUGCAAUCCGAUGUUUGUUUACUCAGAAGCAAGUCCCAAUGUAUUCAAUGGGGCUUACUCAAACUGGGAAGUGUGCGGAGAACUACAGCCUCAAGUGAUAAGGAACUUGUCCUUUUAAGUUGAGACCUUAUCCCAGUCUGAGUCUGUGUUGGAAUUGCUUUUUAAUGUUUUUAAGCCUUUUCUUUUUUUAAAAGCUUUUAAAAAAUAUUUUCAAAGAUGUUUUAAUAUAUUUUAAAGUCUGUUUUUAUGAUGUUUUAAAGUGCUUUUAGUGCUUUUGUU